AUGUCGACCGAUAAAUCAUUUAGGCCAGGAAAUAUGUACACCGAGGGGCAAUUUUCGAGAUCACGUACUGGUUGUUUACAGUGUCGCCACAAGCACCGGAAGUGCGAUGAGAGACAGCCUAGCUGUACCUUCUGUAUCACACACGGACAGGAAUGCGAGUAUCCAUCCGCUUUGCGCUGGGUCCAGCGAGAGCAGCCGAAAUUGUCGAGGCAUAAAUCACGCCACCAAAGAUCUCCAGAAGAAGGCUGGUCCGGUUCACUAGGCCAGCGCCCUUCAGUCCUGGCCAGUGCUGUCUUCCACUCCGAUGAUGAAGAAUCUGCUUGGGAGUACUAUAUUCGUCUAGUAUCGUCAAAUGUUCCGGCUCUAGACGGCCCUGACAAUCCCUAUCGCCAAUUAUCCGUCACUGCGCUGUCAUCUCCGGUCCUCCGAGAAACCAUUCUUUGUAUCUCCACGGAACAUAUGCUAAACUUUGGAUUAGGCAGUGUUUCCGUAGCUGCCGAGCGUCAGCGACAAAUGCUGCGCUCUAUUGCUCAGGGUCUCCGGACCCUGGACAACCGCACAAACAUCAACUUGGAGGGUAGUGUAUUGAGUGUUGAGAAUUACGAGUCACUUCUUGCUGCCAUCAUACUUCAGGGUGUCGUCGUUGCCCAGACGGCGGAUGGGGCAGUUGAACCCCAUGUGAAAUGCGCAGCCUUCCUUAUCCAAGCCCUUAGUCUCUUCCGACAAUGGCCUCGGACUCCGUUGGUACGCAUGAGUAUUCAACGUUUUGCAAUGGUUGAUGUAAUGCUUGCCAUAUCGCGCCAGCGUCGACCAUUUGCUCCGAGAGAUUUCAUUCUCUACCAGCCGGAUGAGAGCCGGUGGGACCAGACGGAGCCAUCAUUUCUGAAAAUGACGGGCUGUCCUCAACCGUUGAUGUGUCUUCUAGUCCAACUUUCGCAUCUUGCAUGCGAUGUUGACCACCGUCUGGAGAACGGAAAACCUAUAUCGGAUCUCCUGGCUGAAGGAUUUAAGCUAGAGACUGAGAUUCGCGUUUUGGGCUCCCAAUACGAUGACCCUACCGCAGACCGUUCGAAAUGGUCGCAUCUUGAAAUUCUUGCGGAAUGCUUCUACUGGACUGCACACAUUCUACUCGCUCGUCGUAUCUUUCGGGAUGAAACGCGCUCAGAUGUGGACCUGACUCUUCCUUACCGCAACCAUUUUAUCUAG